AAUUUUAGUUGAGGUUUUAGUGUUUAUCAAGUCUUCUAAGAAUUAUCAAUGCUGGUCGGCAAUACAAAAUUCACUUUCUUUAAAAAAAAAUAUGUGCGUGAAGGCUGAAGUUGGAAGUUGAUUAAGCUUUCCCACUAUAAAACUCUUUUAGACAAUGAACUUCAAUGAAUUUGAAAAGGAGUGCCUAGAGGCGCACAAUCAAUACCGAGCCAAGCACGGCAGCCGACCACUAGUACUAGAUCGUGGCAUCUGCAAUUAUGCUAAAGAGUGGGCGGAGGUAUUAGCGCGCGGAAAUAUAUUUCAGCAUCGUUCCAAUAAUCGUUAUGGUGAAAAUCUCUACAUGUCAGUGGGUGGGGCAAGUGUCAAUGGCAGUGAUCCUGUCAUCAAUUGGUAUGCCGAGAUAAAAGAUUAUGAUUUCCUGAGUGGCGGUGAGUUUAGCGCGAAAACAGGACACUUUACACAAGUUGUAUGGAAGGAUAGCCAGCGUUUAGGCGUGGCGAUGGCGAAGAGCGGAAAUCGUAUUUACAUUGUUGCCAACUAUGAUCCGCCGGGUAAUUAUAGCGGUCGGUAUUCGGCAAAUGUAUUGCCUGCUAAGCGUUCGCGCUCAAACUGGCUUAAGACGUAUUCCGAGCAAAAAAUGGCGACAGUGAAGCGCACCGUUGUCAUUAAAAAGGUGCCCGCUGGCGGUGGUGCGCCCAACCAGCCGCGACCCAAGCCAAUUACAAUCUCACAGGCGGACUUCGAAAAGGGUUGUCUAGAAGCGCAUAAUAAAUUUCGCGCCAUGCAUGGCACACCGCCGCUCUCCAUAAACCCGAACCUAACGCAAGUCGCAUCCAAGUGGGCACAGAGCCUCGCGCAGCGCCAGAAAAUGGAGCACAGUCCAAAUGGCAAAUUCGGUGAGAAUAUUUACUAUAGCAGCGGCCAGCAGGUGAUGCCGGAUAUGCCGGCCAAAAUGUGGUACGACGAGAUCGCUAAAUAUGAUUUUGCCAAGGCGCAGUUUAAUCCCUACACCGGACACUUUACACAGCUAAUAUGGCGCGAUACGAAACAAGUGGGCGUGGCUUAUGCAAUGGCUGGUGAAAAAGUUUGGGUGGUCGCUAAUUACGAUCCACCCGGCAAUGUGAAUGGAAUGUUUAGAGAAAAUGUGCCGCCAAAAAACUGAAACGCAAAAGAGAAUCCAGCUUUGAUGAGUACUUCAGAGCUACUGCGGCGAGAACAUUUUAAGGAGAUGGAGGAUCUUCUACUGAGCCACUCGAGUUAGGACUCCACAGCUCCAUUCACAUGGAUGGUAUUCAAAAAGGAGAAAACACACAACAACAAAGAGCAUUUCAAAUUAAAUUAAAACAUCAAUUAAUAUCAAUUUAUGUGAAGCUUAAUAAUGAUUCGAACUAAAGGUAAACCAGCUAUUCUGGUAUUUCGAGAUUUCAUCAUGUGCUAUACUGGCCCAAGCUGCCCUGCUACCACUUCUUAUGAAUAUCUUUCUGAUUUCUAUUGAGAUACUUCUGAUUGGGUUCUACGAAGGAGCAAGUACAAGUUGAAGGACACAGUGAAUCUGCUACAAUGCUCUUGUGCACAAAGUUACCAAAUAUGAAGGAAUGUUAAAUUUGAGGAAUAGCUUAGAAGGUCAAUCCACUGACCGUUUCAUGCUCAACCAUUAUCGUAUUGGAACAGAAAAUGAAACUUCACAGGAUCGACUUACUGCAAGAUAACAACUUACUAGUGUUUUUCGUCGCCGGUGAGCCCUUCCGUGCUUCCUCCUGGUAACUAGUCUGCUAGUGGAUAUUCUCUGCUCUGCUUUAAUGUAUAACGUUCAAGGUCAAGAGCCGCGAAGGUCAUGGCUAUGACCAAAAGAUCAAAUGAUGAAUGACUCAUCAUACCCUUCACGCUGAUCACAUUUAAGAGAAUCGACUUACUGCGUUGUACUAACAUUAGGUGGCUUCGCAAUUGAUUAGUGGUCCGUGCACUUGACUUUUGGCUCACUCUCGCGUCUGCUGUUCGAUAGGCUUUGCUUUGCUCUGCUGUUGGAUGGUCUCUGUUCUGCUGCUCAGUAUAGCGUUCCGUAAGAGAUCAAACGUGGAAUGAGUCAGAAUCAUCUCAAUCUUAACCACUGAUUCUUCUACUCUCAAAUAUGAAUAUUUGCCGGAAGAUGAACUCACCUUAUACCUAUGGCGUGAUGAUAUCAGAAGUAUUGUGAGAAUAAGCUAUCGCAUUUAAUACUUUCAGGUGUAGAGACAUUUUUGUUGGUGUAAUGACCAGCCUGGAAAUCCAUUUACUUACCCACCGAUGCUACAUUGAACUGAGUAGGGAAUUGUAAGGCUCUCUCUUGAUGAACCAAAACCAAACUCAACAAGUCAUUCAGUCAGUCAACAAGCUUUUGUGAAAAAUGUAUGGUCUUCCGCGCCUUGGGAACCUCAAACACUGAUGGAAUGAUGAGCUGUGCGAGAUGCGAUGACAUGAAUGGAGCGAUGAAAGAAAAAACGGUCAAGGAGAGCUCUCCACCCUUUAAUGCAUUCAAUACAGUAUCCACCUGUGGAUACAGAGAAUGGGGAUGACUUUUUCUCUGCUGGAAAAAUCAGUUCGAGAAAAACUUGGCUUACUUGGUGUCUACAAUGACCGCAAAAUGGCGAAGAAAACGAGCAAAUAGGGACAGCCCUGCUCUUUAUGAGACUGUAAUCGCAUAAGUGGUAUCAACGGUAGUGUAGAAUAACAAGAAAAAACCUUUGUGAACUAAACACUCAAGGAAAACAAAAUAGUUUUCGGAAAGCAGCGAAGGUAUUUCCAUACCUAAAAACCUAACUCGCAGAGGCUGAUGCAGAUUGCUACCUUUCUUCGAUGAGAAGUAGCCGUUUCUCUUCUCUCAAAUUUCAGCAAGGAGCCAAGCAUUUAUGUAUAUUCAGUAACAAUUUUUACCUCGACUGCUAAUUAAGCCCAUAAAUUUAUGACAUAGAAAAUAUGGCUGGUGUCCACCUACUCUACGUCGUAUUUUUUUCACCUCCGCUCAUUCGAUUGGUAAUUAAAGCAUAAAUUUCAACCACAUUCAAACAUAUAGUGGAUACAAGCAUGGUGAGGAUGGAAAGACACUCCACAUGCAACAACUCACACAAAGCCACUCACCAAUUGCCUAAUUAAACGCAGCUCCCGCCGUACAAACCCCAGCCAGCCAAUGUCACAAAAAUAGCCAUAAGAGAGCGCUGAGUUUUUCCCCUCCUCAAUUUUGUACUUCUCUUCGUCUCCCUCUUUCUCUCUCGCUCUAUGGCCGGCUUAUUAAAAUUACGCGUCAUCGGUAAUAUUAAACAGAAUUAAGUGGCAUUCAGGUAAACACGUUUCUAAUAAAGCGACCGAGAGAACGACUCACUAACGGUAUAUGUUGACGGUUAGUAUGUCAGCGUCGCUUGGUUUGGCGGUAGAACCAAUAUGAUUUUCUUCACUCCUUCAUUACACAGCGGGACAUUAAAGUUUCAACAUAAUUCUUAUUAAAAUUAAAAUAGAGACAUGUUUAUGAUAUGGACGUGAACGUGAGAGUUUGAGAGCGUGUGUAGGUGAAGGCUCUAAAUACGUGGCUUGGCAAAAUGUGGGGAAAUUUAAGAGAAAAAACCAGUAAAAUAUCAGAAUGUAAAGGGUGAUUUAUGAUGAGUUGUGACGAAGUUGGUCAGUAUGAAAAAAAAACAAUAAAGAUAUAAACUCUGCUCAUGA